AUGGUUAAACAAUACAAGUUAGUUAUUGCUUCAGAUCAAGCUGGUUAUGAUUAUAAAGAACAAGUUGCUAAAGAUUUAUCUAAAAAUCCAUCAGUUUCUUCCAUUAUAAAUUUAGGUGUUGAUUCAAGUAGUUCAAAUACACCAUAUCCAUCAGUUGCAAUUAAAGCUGCAGAAUUGGUUGCUAAUGGUGAAGCUGAUCGUGCAAUUUUAUUUUGUGGUACCGGUUUAGGUGUUGCAAUUUCUGCUAAUAAAGUUGAUGGUAUAAGAGCUGUUACUGCACAUGAUUCUUUUAGUGUUGAAAGAAGUAUUUUAAGUAAUAAUUGUCAAGUUUUAUGUAUGGGUCAAAGAGUUAUUGGAUUAGAAUUGGCAAGAAGAUUAGCAAAAGAAUGGUUAACUUAUGAAUUUGAUGAAAAAUCAACAUCAGCUUCUAAAGUUGAAGAAAUUACAAGUUAUGAAAAAAAUCAUACAACUCCAAAGAUUGUUAGUUAA